CAACACAUAUUUACUGGGCGCAUUCUAUGCACGAGUUAUUAAAGACAGCUGUUGUAAGCAUUUCAGGACAAUGCACCUCCCUUAACACCGAGUCCCGGAUUUGGGGCGGGGUGCCGGAAAACGCCAGGUCCCGCCAGCAGAGGGCGCGGUCCCGGCCUCGUUGCGGCCUCGGGACCCACCGAGGCUUCCAGGCUCCCACGCUCGCUCCCGAGCGCGUCCCCGCCCUCGCGUCACGUGACGUGGCCGCGGAACCUGAGCUGCGGGGCCUAAGCCGAGCUAAAUUCGUUGCAGGUGGCCGCGGCGGGUGCAACCACAAAGGCUAAUCCGAAGGAGUCGGGGAGGCUCGUGGAGUCGAUGCUUCCUCUUCCAAGUCAGGUCGGCUCCCGUUACCUUCUCAGCAUUCGCCGUUCCCAUCUUCCUGAGCGCGUGCAUGAGGUCUUUCGCGUGGGGAAGCUCCGGUGACCAUGUAGGGGACAAGAGUGAGGAAGCUCCUGGUGCUUGGGACGAGGUCAGCGCUGUCGGCGCGCUGCUCCAGCGCCCACCACACCCUGCUGCGGGCCGACGGGCCCUGGGCCCUGGUGGGAGCUCCGGCCUCCGGUCAAGGCUUGGCCGGGAGCGCCACGAAUUCUCGCGUCGUCUCGCGAGAGUCCAAGUUAAAGAACAUGGCGACGUCUAAUCUGUUAAAGAAUAAAGGUUCUCUUCAGUUUGAAGACAAAUGGGAUUUUAUGCGCCCGAUUGUUUUGAAGCUUUUACGCCAGGAAUCUGUUACGAAACAGCAGUGGUUUGAUCUGUUUUCGGAUGUGCAUGCAGUCUGUCUUUGGGAUGAUAAAGGCCCAGCAAAAAUUCAUCAGGCUUUAAAAGAAGAUAUUCUUGAGUUUAUUAAGCAAGCACAGGCACGAGUACUGAGCCAUCAAGAUGAUACAGCUUUGCUAAAAGCAUAUAUUGUUGAAUGGCGAAAGUUCUUUACACAAUGUGAUAUUUUACCAAAACCUUUUUGUCAACUAGAGAUUACUUUAAUGGGUAAACAGGGCAGCAAUAAAAAAUCAAAUGUGGAAGACAGUAUUGUUCGAAAGCUUAUGCUUGAUACAUGGAAUGAGUCAAUCUUUUCAAACAUAAAAAACAGACUCCAAGAUAGUGCAAUGAAGCUGGUACAUGCUGAGAGAUUGGGAGAAGCUUUUGAUUCUCAGCUGGUUAUUGGAGUAAGAGAAUCCUAUGUUAACCUUUGUUCUAAUCCUGAGGAUAAACUUCAAAUUUAUAGGGACAAUUUUGAGAAGGCAUACUUGGAUUCGACAGAGAGAUUUUAUAGAACACAAGCACCCUCAUAUUUACAACAAAAUGGUGUACAGAAUUAUAUGAAAUAUGCAGAUGCUAAAUUAAAAGAAGAAGAAAAACGAGCACUACGUUAUUUAGAAACAAGACGAGAAUGUAACUCCGUUGAAGCACUCAUGGAAUGCUGUGUAAAUGCCCUGGUGACAUCAUUUAAAGAGACUAUCUUAGCUGAGUGCCAAGGCAUGAUCAAGAGAAAUGAAACUGAAAAAUUACAUUUAAUGUUUUCAUUGAUGGACAAAGUUCCUAAUGGUAUAGAGCCAAUGUUGAAAGACUUGGAGGAACAUAUCAUUAGUGCUGGCCUGGCAGACAUGGUAGCAGCUGCUGAAACUAUUACUACUGACUCUGAGAAAUACGUUGAGCAGUUACUUACACUAUUUAAUAGAUUUAGUAAACUCGUCAAAGAAGCUUUUCAAGAUGAUCCACGAUUUCUUACUGCAAGAGAUAAGGCAUACAAAGCAGUUGUUAAUGAUGCUACCAUAUUUAAACUUGAAUUACCUUUGAAGCAGAAGGGGGUGGGAUUAAAAACUCAGCCUGAAUCAAAAUGCCCUGAGCUGCUUGCCAAUUACUGUGACAUGUUGCUAAGAAAAACACCAUUAAGCAAAAAACUAACCUCUGAAGAGAUUGAAGCAAAGCUUAAAGAAGUGCUCUUGGUACUUAAGUAUGUACAGAACAAAGAUGUUUUUAUGAGGUAUCAUAAGGCUCAUUUGACACGACGUCUUAUAUUAGACAUCUCUGCCGAUAGUGAAAUUGAAGAAAACAUGGUAGAGUGGCUAAGAGAAGUUGGUAUGCCAGCGGAUUAUGUAAACAAGCUUGCUAGAAUGUUUCAGGACAUAAAAGUAUCUGAAGAUUUGAACCAAGCUUUUAAGGAAAUGCACAAAAAUAAUAAAUUGGCAUUACCAGCUGAUUCAGUUAAUAUAAAAAUUCUCAAUGCUGGCGCCUGGUCAAGAAGUUCUGAGAAAGUCUUCGUCUCACUUCCUACUGAACUGGAGGACUUGAUACCGGAAGUAGAAGAAUUCUACAAAAAAAAUCAUAGUGGUAGAAAAUUACAUUGGCAUCAUCUCAUGUCAAAUGGAAUUAUAACAUUUAAGAAUGAAGUUGGUCAAUAUGAUUUGGAGGUAACCACGUUUCAGCUCGCUGUAUUGUUUGCAUGGAACCAAAGACCCAGAGAGAAAAUCAGCUUUGAAAAUCUUAAGCUUGCAACUGAACUCCCUGAUGCUGAACUUAGGAGGACUUUAUGGUCUUUAGUAGCUUUCCCAAAACUCAAACGGCAAGUUUUGUUGUAUGAACCUCAAGUCAACUCACCCAAAGACUUUACAGAAGGUACCCUCUUCUCAGUGAACCAGGAGUUCAGUUUAAUAAAAAAUGCAAAGGUUCAGAAAAGGGGUAAGAUCAACUUGAUUGGACGUUUGCAGCUCACAACAGAAAGGAUGAGAGAAGAAGAGAAUGAAGGAAUAGUUCAACUACGAAUACUAAGAACCCAGGAAGCUAUCAUACAAAUAAUGAAAAUGAGAAAGAAAAUUAGUAAUGCUCAGCUGCAGACUGAAUUAGUAGAAAUUUUGAAAAACAUGUUCUUGCCACAAAAGAAAAUGAUAAAAGAGCAAAUAGAGUGGCUAAUAGAGCACAAAUACAUCAGAAGAGAUGAAUCUGAUAUCAACACUUUCAUAUAUAUGGCAUAAUUUUGAAUAUCAUGGACAAUAUUUAGAACCCAAAUUUUGGAGUGCUUGGGCAGAAAGUUGUAAAGUUUGUGCUGGAGAAAGGUUUAUUUGGACUUUGAUUACAUAAAUAUUAAAAUCUCUGCCUUACCUUACAAAAACAACUAUAUUUUGCCAAUCACAUUAGUUAGCAUGAUGGCAUUCCCUUCAUGUUGCACACUCUUUAACAGCAUGCUGUUUUGUGGAGAAACUUGCAUUCAUGAAGAGCCCAUUAUCAACUUUUAAAAGUGAAUUUGAUUUGUACCCACCAGGAGAAAUACAGUUGGGAAGGGUGAGGGCGGGGUUCUUGUUGCUUUUUUCUCUUUUUUCCUCUCUUAAAAAAUGUACUUGCACAAGGAAGGAUCUUCAGAUAUUCAUGCACUGAAAAAUGCUGUUAUCUUUUGUUUUUAAAAAAUGCAAUUAAAACUAGAAAUAGCACUCUUGGUUUCUUUUGAUGAAAAGAGUGAGCUGGUCAAUGCAACAUUGGGAAACGGCAGAUGUAGGUGAGAAGUUAAGUAUUUAAUAGUAUCAAAUUGUUCAAACAUUGCUCAGUAUAAUAACUGGAUUUUAAUGGCGACCUAAAAAUGGUAUUAAAUAUUUUCAACUUUCAAA